GUCAGUGAGCUCUGUGCUCUACACCGCAGCGUUCACCCUGGACCAGGACAGAGGCCCAGUGAGCAAACAUGGGAGCCACUGUUUUGUGAUGAACUCACAUGGGAUUAUUUCCUCCCAAUCUGCAGUUCAGCUUCAGGCCAAGUCAGGAAAAUGCUUCAACAUGACAGCUUAUAUCCUGUGGAAUGUGUGUAUGUGGACACUCAAGGGGAUUCUGUGCACCUGCAGGUUCCUGUGGAUUUGCCCGUACAAUGCAAUCAAAUUCUUACCGAGGGAACAACGCGUUACAGAGGAGAGACAGGUUGUAGUGACUUUGUCAGGUUUUGAGAGGAAAGGGACUGCAGCCAUACCUGGAAGCCCUGACCGCACGACUGCCCUCACUAAGAGACUGACCAAAGCCGAAAAAGACAUCUUGUCUCUCAAGACCAGGAUUGCCUGUGAGAGAGCGUCAUGGGAACGGAGGUUCGCCUCACUGCAAAGAAAACAGGAAGAACUACGUAAUCAGCCGGCCCCUGAGGCUGGAGGGACCAGCGGUGAUGACCUGGGCGAGUCAGGAGUGGACAAUGGAGACAUGUUUGAGGAGUGCUCAAGUGGUCUCUCGAGAUAUAAGUGUCAGCACUGUGGCUCCUGUGGGAGAAGUUCAUCAGACUGCCAGUUAUCUUCAUCCUCAGCACUGAGCUCGAGACUGGCUUCCUCCUCAUCUUCAGCGUCCAGUAUGAGAUCAUGGAUGACAUCCCCAGGGCCUCACCGGGUUUUUAUCCCUCACUCCCCCAUGGACCUGCAGCUGGGUCACCGGGUCAGGUUCAUGCUUCCGUCUGGACGGAUCAGCACAGGAACAAUCUGUUUCCUGGGUCACCUGCAGGGGGAGGCAGAUCUCCACCUUGGUGUGGAGCUGCAGACUCCUGAUCACGGGUUGCAUGACGGCAGCCACAAGGGACACAGCUACUUUGAAUGUAAACCUGGUUAUGGAGCCUUUGUACCUUUCCACAAACUACUGAUGGCCUGGGAAUGAGCGAAAACAAGCUCGGAAUGAAAUAGAGAGCCAACAGCCAUGGACAUGAUUCCUUAUUAUAAUGAGACUUAUGUACAUACAUUAAAGCAAAACAGAUAAUAAUACAAAUAUGAUGUCAUCAGACAUGGUGGCGGGAGAGGAAUAUUACAGUGUCACGACUUCACAGAGAAAGAUGGAAUUCGAAACAUGAAGUCAGACUUCAGAAAGCUAUAGAUGUUGAAAACCUGCUCAGGAGUGAGACUAAAACAUUUUUCCCAUGUGUGUUUGACUCCUGGAGAAAUGUGGGGAGGGACUGAAUGAAUUUACAAUAAAUGUUACAUAUAAUGCUAAAUAUUACAUGUAUACUGUGAUGUGUAAAGGAACAGCAGCAGGUUAGUGACAUCUAAUGGUGAGACUGCAGAUUGCGACUCACAACAGGCACUGAAGGUGGCCUUCACAUUCCUGAAAAUAUAUAAUUCUAUGAAACAUUCUUUGGCUGGUUUGAUCUGGUCAAGACGGGCGGCGUAAAGGCGUAUUCUUAGGCUAUAAAAGCAAAAUUAUUUUUUAUUUUAAAGUGAUUAUACACUUAAUGGGGAAACAAACCUCCUCUUCUGAGGGUAACUCUGCCCAAUGCCUGAUUUUGAAGAAUGCCAUGAAGUGGGGUGAGA